AAUUUUGAACGAAAUGAACGGAUUUCGAUCAUUCAUUUUCCCGAAUUUCGUUCAACGAAAAUUUCGAUGGAAACCCUAAUCCUACUCCGACCUGCAAACACUAAAUAUAUUUUUAAAAAUAUAGAUUAUUUUACUACACAGAAAGAACACGAAAAGCAUAUGUUUGACUUAUAGACCUUUCGUAUAUUCUAAAUGUAUUUAAUUUUCUUAUACCGGCUUUCGAGAAACUGUGAAUCAUGCACCAAACCUUCAGAACUAAUUAUUAACAGCUCGUAUGUUCUUAUUCAUACAGAUUUAACAGUUCGGUCCAUUGCUCAGCAAGCUGUGACUUUCAAGCACAAUUUGACUUCUUAAACAUACAUUUUCCGAUUCAAUCUUUUAUAAUUUGUUGUCAGCAGAUGCGUGUUAAAUGACAAAGUAUAAAAAGACAACUCCGAAAGUUUGAAGAUGUAUUAGUAGACCAAAUCGAAAUUUAAUUAAAAUUGAAACAAGCGUAUCUCGUUCUGAUUAGUUCUAGGUGUAUUGUGUCCUCUCUUGCCUUAUUUGUAUUCUAUUAGAGGUUUGUAUCUCUGACUGAUUCAGAUAGAACCAUGAGCAGGAUUGAUAAAGAUCCUUGCAAAAAACAGGAGAAACCUCGAGUUCUCAGCUCCAGGAGAGGGUUCAGUAAAUCGUGCUACAAUAUCCAUGAGGACUCCGGGUACUCCGGUAACCUUGACGAGACGGAUGUAUCCGGGUUUCCUUCUCCGAACCUGCACCUGCUUGCUCGGGACGGAGAUACGGGGGAUAUUGAGAAAUAUCUCAGCUCCGUCUGUCUCCAGAAUUUACCAGAUAAACUGGAAUACAGGAAUCGGUCAGGUUCAACUCCUCUCCAUGUUGCCGCGUACUACGGGAACGGAGAAGCAGUUUCCGUCCUUGAAAGGUUCGGAGCAAACCGGUUUUACAGGAACAAGCUGGGGUGGAAUGCUGGCCACUACGCAGGAAGAUGGAGCCAACCCUUGGAUAUGCGGCUCCCCGUUGGACUUGCACCUGUUGCUCCGACUAGAAACAGUCAAACUUUUGCAUUUGGCAAGAUUCGCGAAAGGAUGAGAAAGAAGGAUGGAGAACGAGAGCAAAGAAAAGAGAAACUGAAAAGUGAUUCCGGAAUCUCUAUCUUUGAUUCUAAAGAAUCCCUCUCCACUCAUGUCAUUUGAUCUGAGGCUUCAACUUUUGGAUGGGAUAGAGCUCAGCCACUUCGAUUGAACUUUAUAUCUAAAGCUUAAACUUGUAAAUUAAAGGAUGUUAGCCUGUAACUCCGGAAACUCCAAAAAGAGACAAUUAAGAAAUUAAUCAGAGAACUGCAGGCUGGGAACUCUUGAAUCGUGUUAUGGAGAUCAAGCAUUGAUCUCCAUACAGUGGAGAUCAAGCAUUGAUCUCCACUGUAUUAUGAACAAAUUUUAAAUACAAAAGUGUUCAACUCUGUAUAUCUGAAAAUUAUAUGUAUCUAUGACAAAGUAUUUACCUGCUAUUCAUAAUUUUAAAUAAAUUGAAAUUUGAAA